AUGAAAAGGAAAAAUAUCCUCUCUCUCUCUCUCUCUCUCUCUCUCUUUUAUAACGUCCAUUCCUUCUCUCUCUUCUUUCUCCCUUCCUACCCUUCAAUACAUUUCCUCCCUUAUUAUCUCAGGAAACCUUUCUAUCAGACGAUCUUUUUUUUAAAGGAAAAGGAAAAAAGUCAAUUCUCUUUCUAUUUACAUGAAAAGGAAAAAAUAUCCAAAAGACUCUCUCUCUCUCUCUCUCUCUCUCUUUUCAUAACGUCCAUUCCUUCUCUCUCUUCUUUCUCCUUCCUACCCUUCAAUACAUUCCCUCCUUAUUAUCUCCUUGAAACCUUUCUAUCGGAAAAAAUCCAGAAAGAAAGAAAGAAAAGAAAAAGACUCUCUUUCAGAAACUCUUUUCUAUCCACCCUUCCUUCUCUCUCUCUCUUUUCUCCCUCCAUUCCUUCUCCCUUUCAAAAAUUUCCUCUCAUUAAACCUUUCUAUCGGACGAUCUUUUUCUCUCUCUCAGAAAAAUAUCCACCCUCUCUCUCUCUCUCUCUCUCUCUCUCUUUCAUAACGUCCAUUCCUUCUCUCUUCUUUCUCCUUCCUACCCUUCAAUACAUUCCCUCCUUAUUAUCUCAUGAAACCUUUCUAUCGGACGAAAGCUCUCAGUCAGAUUCUCUUUCUAUUUACAUGAAAAGGAAAAUAAAAAAAAAAGAAAGAAAGACAGAAAGAAAAUCCAUUUCCUUCUCUCUUCUUUCUCCUUCCCUUUCUUUCCUACCCAUGAUUUCUAUCGGACGUCUCUCUUCUUCUUUCUAUUUACAUGAAAAAUAUCCUUUCUCUCUCUCUCUCUCUCUCUCUCUCUUUCAUAACAUUCUCUUUCUAUUUAAAAAGAAAAUAUCCACCCUCUCUCUCUCUCUCUCUCUCUUUCUCUUUCAACGUCCAUUCCUUCUCUCUCUUCUUUCUCCUUCCUACCCUUCAAUACAUUCCCUCCCUUAUUAUCUCCUUGAAACCUUUCUAUCGGUCGAUCUUUUUAGCUCUCAGUCAGAUUCUCUUUCUAUUUACAUAAAACAAAAUAAAAAUAUCCACCCUCUCUCUCUCUCUCUCUCUCUCUCUUUCCUCCUUAACGUCCAUUCCUUCUCUCUCUUCUUUCUCCUUCCUACCCUUCAAUACAUUUCCUCCCCUUAUUAUCUCAUGAAACCUUUCUAUCGGACGAUCUUUUUUAGCUCUCAAUUCUCUUUCUAUUUACAUGAAAAAAGGAAAAUAUCCACCCUCUCUCUCUCUCUCUCUCUCUCUCUCUCUCUCUUUCCAUUCCUUCUUCUCUCUUUCUUUCUCCCUUCCUACCCUUCAAUACAUUUCCCUCCCUUAUUAUCUCAUGAAACCUUUCUAUCGGUCGAUCUUUUUAGCUCUCAGUCAGAUUCUCUUUCUAUUUACAUGAAAAGGAAAAAUAUCCACUCUCUCUCUCUCUCUCUCUCUCUCUCUCUCUUCAUAACGUCCAUUCCUUCUCUCUUCUUUCUCCUUCCUACCCUUCAAUACAUUCCCUCCUUAUUAUCUCAUGAAACCUUUCUAUCGGACGAUCUUUUUUUAGCUCUCAAUUCUCUUUCUAUUUUUAUGAAAAAGGAGAAAAUAUCCACCCUCUCUCUCUCUCUCUCUCUCUCUCUCUUUUCGAAACGUCCAUUCCUUCUCUCUCUUCUUUCUCCCUUCCCUUCUACCCUUCAAUACAUUCCCUCCUUAUUAUCUCAUGAAACCUUUCUAUCGGACGAUCUUUUUUAG